GCAAGGAGAUAUACACAAAGAAAUAGUCAGAAAAAUCACUUCUUAGGUAACCAAUAACCAUCCAUUUCAUUUCCAAAAGGCUGCCGAAGCUUAAAAUAACCAGAAACUUAUCCAUUUACGCAUCAAUAAUCAAACCCCAAUUGUCUAUAGUAUAUAGUUAAUAUAGGCAUACAUAACUACUACCCUUGUAUUGUUCUUUCGUUCUGCAUCAUUUACCAAGAAAGAAGAAGAGAUGGGAGGGUGCUUUUCUUCUAAACCAUCCUCCACAUUCAACAAUGUACGUUUGGUUCAUCUUAGUGGUUAUGUAGAGGAUUUUGUGGAACCAAUUUCAGUGAGCGAAGUCACAGGCAACACCUCGAAGCACUUUGUUUGCACGUCAGUUCAGCUUCUUUCCUCUUGCUCAAAACCAUUGAAUGGAGAUACCCAACUCCAACCUGGAAUUGUGUACUUCAUGCUACCAUACUCAAUAUUGCAAGCUGAUGUUUCUCCUGUGGACUUGGCUUCCCUUGCAAAAAGGCUCACUACAAUAGCCAAAACUAGCAAAUGUGAAGACAAAAGGUCCUCACAGAAAGCUAAUCCUUUGUUAAGUCAACUUGGGAUGAGCAGUGUUUAUAGUUCACCUUCCAGCAGUCCUGGCAGACUUGGCAUGGUGGAGCAAAUCGGUAUGCCAUAUGGCGGACGCAGCCCGUGUAGAAUGCAGCCAUGGAAACCUAUCUUGGACACUAUCAGAGAGAAAUCAUUCAAUAGAAGAAGUGAAUCAGAUUUGCAAGAAAUUUAUUGAUGUUUGCAAGACCUUGGGUAAAACUAGAAAGGUAGAUGCCAUGUCGGGUGGUUUCAUGAUGAAUUCUUUUGUCUAAUUAGAAGGUGCCAAAAAAUUUGGAAUUUUGAGACAACUGUUUUUGAAAAUUUGUUGUGUAUAAUUCUCCUAUAUUGUACUUAAGAAUGUUCCUCCUCAAGGCAUGAUCCAAAUGAUUAAGCACUUGAUAUUUAUAUUUCAGUUUGCAGAUUUCUGGAUAAAAUCUUGUUUGGAUUAGAAAUCUAGAAUUGAGUGAGGUGGGAUAUCAGUGAUUUAGAUUGCCUCACAAUCUUUGCUCCGUGCAAUCUUCUAGUUAUUGGAAGUAUGUGCCUUGUAAUUAAAGUUAAUGCAGCAGUUAGAUCAAGAGAAA